AUGGGCUUCCUGCGCUACCUCGAGUACUUCCUCUCACGUCUCUUAUCCUCGCAGAGAGGGCGGGACGCCAAACUGCUGACCCGGGCGACCAUCUUCUCCAACAUCCCCCAAAACGUCCUGGUGACCUCGCCGACGCUGGGAGGCUCGCCCGCGCACCUGAGCACCGAACACUCGCAAUUCGGCAGCUCCUUAUUCCCGGAUUUGUCGUGGUCUCUUGGAACCACUGAUAGCAGCGCUACCAAGGGUGUUGUCAAGGAGUGGCUCUUGAUCUGCGAGGACCCAGACGCGCCGCUCCCGCUCGUGCCGAUUCACGGACUGUACUACGCCAUCCCCGCGACGAAGACAACUGUUGGGCUUGAGGACUUCGCCAUAAAGCUGGACACAUCCCACCCUGCACCGUCGGAUGAGGCCGACAGCGCAAAAUGGCUUGCGGGUGGGUUCAGGCUCGGCAAGAACUGGCGCGGCACCCUCUAUUCCGGACCACGCCCGCCCGUGGGCCAUGGCGAACAUCGGUAUUUCUUCCAGGUGGUUGCCUUGAACGAUUGCCUAGACACGGCCAAGAUGAAACCAGUGGCCACCAGAGACGACGUGCUCAGGGAGAUGCAAGGCAAGAUUUGCGGGUGGGGGGAGUGGAUCGGGAUCUUUGAGCAGAAAUGGUAG